AUGGCGACGGCUAGUGGUAGCAGCGGGGAUAUCCUAAUGCUGGAGGCGCCGCCGACAGCGGCGGGGACUCGUACGGAAGAGUUAAUCGAUGCGCUUCCGUACAUCGACGAUGACUACGGAAACCCGAUAGUAAAAGAAGAAGUGGACCGCUUAGUGGAAGAAGAAAUGCGACGUAGUUCGAAAAAGCCCUCCGACUUCCUCAAAGACCUACCUCCUCUUCAGAAAUCCAAAUUCCAGGAUCAUCCAAUGCUUGCGCGGGAAUACGAGAGGGUGAGAGCUGGGAAACCUCCAGUGCUAAUAGACACAACCAGAUAUGUGCUUGAAGUGCCACCCGUAAACAAACGGAAUGAUGAAUCUGCAUGGAAGCAGGCACUCCAGAAAGCCCAGCGUUUAUUGCAGCAUCAGGAGAUCAGGCUAGAAAAUCUGGACUUGAUGUCAAAGCAUGGUCCUGAAGUUUGGAAGCUGUAUAAUCAACAGUUGGAGGCAUCUUUAGCAAGAAUGCAAGCACAAGUUUUGGAUCUGAACGGAAAGAUUGAAUCUGUAAAUCGAGAAAGGAAAUAUCACCAGCAAAACACUGCCUAUGAGCUUAGCACUUUAUCUACACAAUGGAGGGAACUUUGUUUCAAAAACAUAGAAAUCCAAGCUGCAUGUGCUGAAGUCCAAGCACAUAUUGAAGAACUGAAGAGAGAAGCUACAGAGAGAGGCUGGAAUUUGGAGGCAAAUAUUAAUAAUGGAUUUCCUCAAGCUGAAAAAUGA